UCUCCACCAUGAAGUCUGACAAGGUCGUUCGGGUGCUGGAAGUCCUCAACACCAAAGACACUGCCCGAAAGGCGUACCAGCUUGUCCUCACAAAGCCGACCGAGCUGGAGGUUGCCAAGAACGUGAUUUGCCUCCUCCUCUGGUUGGAGACGAUCAUGGGCGUCGAAGUCCUCGACAAAGUCGCGGCCAUGGCCCCCGGCGACAUCUGGUUCACGCAGGUCGUCACAGAGGCGAGCGCCGUGUACAGCUACAUCCUCGACGGCUGCCCGCUGCCGGCGCCCCUCGAGGGCAUCCCGACCAUCGUGGCCCUCUGCGGCGGGGGCCCGCUGGUCGACUUUAGGUUCUUCAAGUUCCACAAGGAACUGGUCGCUCGCGGCGUCGCCGUGAUCCGGGACAGCAUCGGGGCGCUCGUAUUCGACGACAACCUGCACGCGAUGCUGCGCCGGUUCGAAGAUGAUGCCAGGCCGCUACCAGCUCCGGAGCUGAUGGUGCCGUUCGUCACCAUGAGGAGGACGCCGCCCGAGGACUCUCGGACGGCGUUCGUCGCCUUCCCAGAGUGCCCCUGCCACCGUCCGAGUUCACAAGACAUCGUGAACUACUUUGAACGGACUCUGGAAUUUGGACGCUGCAUCGAGCGCGUUGAGACGGAGCGGCCGGGCGCAGGGCAGGCGCCGAAGCACGGCAUCAUCGUGUUCAUGAGCGCGGAGCUAAGGGAUGAGGCCAUGUUCAAGGAGACUGCAGUGUUUUUUAGGGUCGAAGACCAUGACAUGUGGGUGCAGCUCUACAUGCCUCCGCUCUAAGCUCGUCGCCUCCAUUGCUGAGGCCGACCGAUCUAUAUAUGUUUGCGCCGCCGUAUGGCAUAUGAUUGAUCAGCGGUAGUCCCGUUUCCAGGAACUGAUCAGUAGUUGUUGUUCGAUAUGGUGAGUAAUCGGCUAUCGUCGUCAUCUUGUUUGGUAUAAUAAUUUCUAGUCGA